AUGUUUAGAACAGUUUUUAUGUGGCUGCUUUCAAUACCUUUCUCUCCCACAAACAAGCAGGAUUUAAUGGAAAAUAUUGCUAGCAGGAAAGAUGGUUCUGUUCUUUCAAGCCCUUUUUCAUCUCCAAACAUUGGUGCUUUGCUCAAGAUCAAAAUUUUAUCUUGGAGUCAGCAGACUGGUUUGCCUGUUUGUGUUCGUGUUCGGGUGGCCAAUAGAAUCUUUAAUCUGCACAAGCAUCCAUUGUUUUCGAAGAGUGGAUACUUCAAGACAAGAUUGAAUGAAUCAAAUGAGGUUCGGCUACCGGAUAAUUUUCCAGGCGGGGCAGAAACCUUUGAGAUGAUCGCACUAUUCAUCUAUGGAUCUUCCACUUUGGUUGACCCUUUUAAUGUGGCAGCCUUGCGCUGUGCAGCGGAGUUUCUCGAGAUGACUGAGGAAUACAGUUCUGGUAACCUUUGUGAACGUUUUGACAUUUAUCUAAACCAGGUUGUGUUGCAAAGCUGGGAUGAUACGCUGAUUGUUCUGCGAAGGUGCCAGAAUUUGCUUCCUUGGGCCGAGGAUCUGCUUAUUGUAAGCCGUUGCAUCGAGUCUCUUGCAUUCAUGGCUUGUAUGGAGAUUCUUGAUCCUGAGAGGAGAAGGGAGAAACCGAUCGCCACAUUGGAAGGUUUGGCUAGUCAACCCUGGAGCUGCGAAAUUGUUGAAGAGAUUGUGAGCCAAGAUCUGUGGAUUGGUGAUCUAAUAGCUCUGCAAUUUCCAUUCUUCAAAAGGAUCAUAGGAUCAUUAAGAAGACAAGGUAUGAAAGAGAAGUAUGUUAGCCCCAUUAUUCUUUUCUAUGCCAACAAAUGGAUUCUUUCUCCGAGUUUGAAAAAAUUGGAAAAUGUUCACAACCAUGAUGAUGAUGAUGAUGAUGAUCAAGAUGAUUCAAAGGGCCAAUUAGUCUCAGAUAUCCUCUUACAAGGGAUAGUUGACUUGUUACCUCUGGGUGAGAAGGCCAGCAAAGGGAUCCCUGUUGGAUUUUACCUGGCUUUACUCUCCCAAUCUCUUGAAAACAAUAGCUUGAGGAAUGAUGGUACUGAAAAACUCCAACAGCAAAUUGUAUCUCUGUUGCAUUUUGCUCAAGUUGAGGAUUUCCUCUUACCAAAAAAGAGUCAUCUGCAAAAGUCUUCCAUUUCUUCUUCUGCUCAACUUGCCAUUAUGAAAAGCAUUUUUUCAGAUUAUGUUUCAUCAUUCAUGGGGCCCUGCCACACUCCAUCAAGUAAUCACAUUGUCGCAGAACUAUGGGACAUGUAUUUAUCUCUGGUGGCAACUGAUGCAGUCCUGAAUGUCACUGAAUUCAUGGAUCUGAUAGAAAUGGUUCCCUUGGGCAGCCGGCAAAGUCAUGAUAAUCUGUACAGAGCUCUCAACGCUUUCCUCCUGGCACAUCCAGACGUAUCCCAAGAAGAGAGAGGAUUUGUUUGCAAGUAUCUGAACUGCCAUAAACUGUCACAAGAAGUAUGCAUAGAUGCAGUACAAAAUGAACUAAUGCCACUGAGGCUGAUUGUCCAGGCACUAUUUGUUCAGCAACUGAAUACACAGCAAGCAUUUAAAGAAUGUUCAGACUCAUUCAGAUACGCACAGUGCAGUGAUUUCUCUGGAAGCCUACCAAGCUCGUGGUACGCCAACUCGAAAAGCCAACAUUUAGCAGAUCAGAGCUGCAGCCCAUGCGUAGAAGGGAUUGCAGGAGGCAACAACAAACUUGGCUUCUUCUUGAAGCAAGACAUAGCAGUGCAGCAUCACAAAUCCGAAACUACAAAGAAAGAAAGCUCGAGAAUGGAUUACGAGUCUUCCAGUUUCAGAAUCCAAAGCUUGGAGCAAGAACUGAUAUCCUUAAAGAGAACACUCCAACUGCAAAGCAUCUCAAAGAAGAGGGAACCAAACAAUAGUUGUACUACUCAAGCAAAAACGGAACCAUUUGUGGAGAGCCUCAUUGGUUUAAGGCCUUGUGGUUCUGCUGCAAAAAGAUCAUUGAGCAAGAGGAGAAUCAACGCAGUCGGGCCGGAGAAAAUCAACAAGAAAAACCAAAGUUCUCUUCAUACCUUCGAAAAUUCACCGCCUUUAAAAUUCAAUUUAAAGCGACGCCGGCAACUAGUCAAUUCUAGGGCGUUGAAUCCUGGGAAACAAACCCAUCAACAGAUUAUAGUUAACGGCCACGAACAGAAUGAGUUUAUACGGACCAAAUUGAUUCAGAUGUACGCCGAGUGCGACGAGAUUGAUAUAGCCUCCAGGCUGUUUGACAAUUUGUCUGAGCCAAAUGUGUUUGCCUGGACUGCGAUCAUCUCCUUCUUUUCGAGAAAUGGGAUUUUUCACGAGUGCAUAAACGCAUAUAAAGCUUCGAAAUUUCAGGGUUCGAUGAUUCCUGAUAACUAUGUAUAUCCAAAGGUCCUAAAAGCUUGUGGGACGAGUAAGUGCUUACAAGUGGGUGUUCAGAUCCAUAAAGAUGUCAUUUCAUGUGGGUUUGGUUGCAGUGUUCAAGUUUGCAAUGCGCUGAUUGAUAUGUAUUCAAAAUGUGGAGAAGUUGGAUGUGGCAGGUUGGUUUUUGAUGGUAUGGUGGGGAGGGAUGUGUUGUCAUGGAACACAAUGAUCUCUAGCUAUGUUUGCAGUGAAUCUCCUCAUCUGGCCUUGGAAAUGUUGGAGCUUAUGAGGUCAGAUGGGAUUGAACUUGAUAUAGUCACCUGCAAUACUGUAAUGGAUGCUUAUUGUCGUAUGGGGCAAUGCGAACAGGCUUUAAGAAUAUUUAACCAGAUCGAUGAACCUAAUGCAAUAUCAUGGACAAUUUUGAUAUCAGGGUUUUCUAGGACCGGGAACCAUGUAAUGGCAUUAAAGACCUUUAGGGAUAUGGUUUGUCAAUCAAAGGUGGUUCCUGAUUUGGAUUGCCUUUCUUGUGUCCUAGCAGCCUGUCAGCAGUUGGGGGCAAUAAGAUGUGGACGAGAGAUUCAUGCAUAUGGAACUAAAGUUGGAUUUAGGAGUAGUACAUUUUAUACUUCAGCUGGGCCUGCAUUGUUGGCACUAUAUGCAAGAUGUAAACGCACGCAUGAUCUGGGGAAUAUAUUUGGGAUGAUGGAUUCUUCUGAUGUUGUUACAUGGAAUGCAUUGAUUUCGGGUUUUGCUAACUCAGGAAGCAAUAAAGCUGCUUUUGAUAGCUUCAAAGAAAUGCAAGAAGUAGGAAUCAAGCACAAUGAGACGACAAUUUCCACCCUUCUGCCCAUGUGUGACCUCAAAUUGGGUAAACAAAUUCAUGCUCACAUUCUAAAAGAAGGUUUUAGUUCUGGAAGCCUGGUUUGGAAUGCACUCAUUCACAUGUAUUCCGCAAAUGGAUAUGUUGAUUUUGCGCAUCAUGUAUUUUCGCAAACGGAAUACGAACAAAAUGUGAGAAUUGGAGUCUUAGCUUCAGAGCAUUUGGUUCAGCUGGAGCCAGAAAAUGCAGGACAUUAUGUGACGCUGUCAAAUUUAUAUGCUAAAGCUGGAAGACCAGACGACGCUGUUAAAGUUCGCAGGUUAAUGGAGCACAGAGGACUGGUGAAGGAAUCAGGAUCUAGCCAGCACCAUCUUUAA